AAUGGACGUUGUGCGCACGAGGGUUCGCGGCUCCGGGUUUCAUGUCAGCGCAGGACCCGACGUCGGAGGCGUCCCGGAGCUGCGGCACCAGCGCACACUGCGCCGAGUGGAAGCCGGCCAAGUUACCUGACGCAAGCUCUGUGACUGGGAACACCGGAGACACACCACACCCUGACGAAGCACCCGAGGAUGAACCCUUUGAAGAACAGCGCAGGCUCAACCAACGCCAGCUUGGCCAACACCACCGCAGCUGCCAGACCCAGCACAGCGGUUGGCACCUGAACAAGGACUGCCGGUUAUGCGUCAGCUCCACCUACGUCCUCUUCCUGGCCGCGGGAAUGAUAGUGGCGUGCACGGCAUAUGUGGGCGGCUACGUGGCGUCUUACCAGAGCAACCGCUCUGCGAGGAACGACCCCAAAAACGUGGUGUGCCGUAGCCAAGUCUGCAAGGAAGUGGCCAAGAGCAUAGCCCGGUCACUGAAUCGGAGUGUGGACCCGUGCAAGAACUUUUACAAUUUCGUGUGCGACGGUUGGAGACGAAAGCACCCGGUGCGCCGUAACGAAGUGCGCAGCAGCCCCUUCUCGUUAGUGGGUAGGGAAUUGGACAACGUCAUCAAAAAGGCUCUCAAUGACGUGCCCAUCACCGGCAGAAAGCAAAGUGCACUAGAGAAGGCAGCUUUAAUGUACAAGAAGUGCCUAGAAAACUAUGAGCAGGGAGACUCGUCAGCCUCUAUGAAAGUGCUCAAGGAGCUUCUAGGCUACCUCCACAUGCCUUGGCCAACGGUGGACAGCAAGAGUCCAGUGGAUCUGUUCGAGAUCAUUAUUCAGUUAUCUCUGCGAUGGUCCAUUCCAAGCUUAUUCAGCGUGUCGGUGAUCCCGGACCCAGAGGACACUAGGUCAAACGUGCUGGUCUUCAACACCAUGGAGAACCUGGAAGUGGGUUUCCACGAGGUCCAGAGUGGGAACGCGACCAAGAAUGACACGCAAGACCUGAUUUUUAUGAAGAUGGUCCAAAAAAUUGCCACCAUCUUGGGAGGCAACCAGACAAAUUACAAGACGCUCGCCGAGAAUGUGGUUAUGGCACCUAUAGUGCUUGCCUCUGUCAAGCACUUCCAUUUUGACGUGCUAGGGAGGACGGACGCGUGGCCCCCCAAGAAAUACCAGAUACAGCACCUAGAGAAUUUGACACCACAAGUUAGUUCCAAGCGCUGGCUCAGCACACUCAACCGAUACCUCCCAGAAAAUGUGCAGGUCAAAGAGACAAAUGAUGUGAUUGUCAUGAGCCCGGGAUACUUGUGGCUCGUCACUAGCCUCAUUCAGCAAAACAAUACAGUGCGUAUGUUUCAAGACUUCAUUGGCUGGUCAAUUGCCUUUCUCUUAGGGCCCCUGUCAUCUAAAGAAAUCAGGGAAGCUGUCAGCAAUUAUGGCAAAGAACUUGGCAUGGAUUUCGCAAAUGUAGACAAGGAGAAGCUGUGCAGGAAAGAUGUGGAGGAUUACCUUCCAAUGCCAUACGGGGCAAUUUUUGUGCAGUCCUAUACACCAGACUACAUAAAAGAUGAUGCCAAAGUGGUCGUUGACCACAUCAAGCUUGCAUUUGCAUAUGCUCUCAGGCUCAAUUCUUGGAUGGACGACCAGACAAGGACUCGAGCAAUGGCUAAAGUGCAACGGAUCAUUUCUCAUGUUGCCUACCCCGACUGGAUAAAAAAUAUGACCGAGCUUGAUGAAUCGCAUGCAGACAUUCCCAACAUCGACGGCCCAUACGUCAAGAUUUUGAUGGAGCUCAAAGAAGUCUAUACGUUCCGAUCACUGUCAAUACUUCGUCAAACCAACACAAGAGAUGAGGAGUACUGGACAUUCAGUCCCGCAACACUGAACGCUUUCUAUGAACACUCAACUAACAGCAUCACGAUACCAGCAGCCAUCCUAAACUAUCCCUUCUACUCCUAUGGGCUGCCCCCUGCAAUGAACUAUGGAAGUAUAGGGGCCAUCAUAGGGCACGAGAUCAGCCACGCUUUCGAUACAUUGGGAAGCCACUUCGAUGACAAUGGGAACUUGAGAAACUGGUGGACUAGGGAAACCAAGAGUAACUUUGUCCUCAAGAACUACUGCUUUGUCCUGCAGUACAACAGCAUCUACGAGCCCCACAGCAAACGCCACCUCAACGGCAAGCAAACACUCUCCGAAAACAUUGCAGACAACGGUGGCCUGAGACAAUCCUUUCAUGCGUACCGCCUGCACGUUGACGAGCACCCAGGGGGCAAAGAGGAAAACAUUCCCCUUGAAGGUCUGGAGGAGUUUACACCUGACCAGCUUUUUUUCAUCAGCAGUGCCUACAAGUGGUGUGCAGACACCAAUCCAAAAGCUGUCAAGAUGAUUAUGAACUCAGACUCCCAUUCCCUGGAGGAGUACCGCUGCAAUGUGGCUGUUGAAAACAUGGUGGAGUUCUCCAAAGCAUUCCAGUGCGGAAACAAUGAGGAGAUGAACCCUGCCAAGAAAUGUGUAGUGUGGUAAGGCAUGGGAAACACAUUAGCUGCCUACAAGUGGUAUACCCGAUUUAAAAUAAAAUGAAUGGAUCCCAGCUGUGAAGGGCAUUCCAUUCAGUUCUGACCUGAGCAUGGAAUUAGCCAGGGGCAUGUCAAAUACU